AUGGCCAUAAAAUUAUCGCGACAAAACUAUCCCUCUUCGUCUAGACAAUCCCAAAACUUUCCAAAUUCCGAAGAACUUGAAAAUAUAAUCUCGAAAAUCGUAAAGUCAGAUGAACGUCAAGAAAUCGAAUCAAUGACUUUUCUAUCCUUACACGAUUUGAUCGUUCCCAGUCUUAAACAAAAACGUACUGGACCUCCUCGAGCGCAAAAUUGUUUCCUAAUAUUUAGAAAAGACUUACAAGCCAAUAUGAAAUCUCAAUCUGAUAAUAUAAAGAUGACUUCAAGUGGUCAAAUAUUUAAAAAAUAUUUAAGAAAAUAUUUACACCCUAAUACUUAUAUGACGUCUCCAGACGAUAAGACUUCCGGUAUGAAAAUGGUUUCUAAUACAGCAUUUAGAAUGUGGCAAUACGAAGACGAAAUAAAGCAAGUCUAUGUAAAGGUUUCUCAAAUUGCAAAAGCUGUUCAUGCAUUUAUGUGGCCGAACUACAAAUAUAAGCCAAAUAGAAAAAAACGUCUACAAAAUUCUUUUAGUUAUCGUCAUCCUUAUAUUUCUAUGCCUUCUACACCUUCUUGUAGUUCUCAAAAUUUACAACCAUAUUCGUCUCCCUUCACAUAUUCUUGUGAUUUUGUUUCUUAUCCUCGCGUUCUGCCUAAACAAAUUACACAAAUUACACAAUUAGAUAUAAAUCCAAAUAAAUUAAAUUAUUAUAAUAACAGAAAUAAUAAUGACAGAAUUCUCUGUCAGUCUGUUGACAGACACGUUAAGAUUUAA